AUGGAGAUCGAGAAGGAAGUGAAGAAGAUGACACUUGGGCACGAGUUUGGUGCGGGCGCCGCCUGCCUUAAGUGUAAAGACAAGUGUGAGGGCUUUGAGCUUCAUUUCUGGAGAAAAAUCUGUCGUAACUGCAAGUGUGGGCUCGCAGAGCACAAUGUGCAGAUGAACUCUGAGGAGAACAAAAAGGUGGGGAAGCUUUUUGAGGACACCAAGUACACUGGCCUUAUAGCAAAACUGAAGACGGAUGGUGUCCCUGUGUACCGUGGCAAUGCCAUCACCAUCACACUGGCCAACGUACUGCCGGUCAACAAUGACACGCCUCUCAAGUCUGUCACGUAUGAGUGGGCUCCCCCUGUUGCCAAUAAAUAUGUGGCUGUGCGCUACAUUGAGCUCCUUCCGCCUGAGAAGCGGCCUGUGAUGGGCACAGAAGGCGCCGCUUACCGCCGGCAGCAGAUGGCCCGCCAGCUGCCUGAGCACGACCAAGAUCCAUCUAAGUGCCACGAGCUGAGCCCGGCCGAAGUCAAGAAGAUGCAGCAGUUUGUGCGCAAAUACAAGGAUGAGGCAUUGGGUGUUGGCGACGUGAUGCUGCCAGAAGAGAUGGUUCUAAUGCAGGCGGCAGCGGGUCAGGGUGGACCAGGAGGAGCUGGAGGUACUAAAACGGCAGGGCCAGGAGCACUGGGUCUCAAAGGGGUCGCUGCAGCUGGAGCUGAAGCGGCCGGGUCCAAGCCAGUUAGUGGUGCUGUUGGUACCGCAUCCACUGCCGGAGCCAUGGCCACCUCAGGAGCCCCACAGCAAAACUUCUCAUGUCGCCGCUGUGAUCAGCCCAUGCGUGUCGGUGACCCGGCUGUAUACGCCGAGCGGGCCGGCUACGACAAGCUGUGGCACCCGGCCUGCUUUGUGUGCUGCACCUGCGAUGAGCUCCUAGUAGACAUGAUCUACUUCUGGAAGCGUGGGAAGCUCUACUGCGGACGCCACUAUGGCGACAGUGAGAAGCCGCGCUGUGCUGGCUGCGAUGAGCUUAUCUUCAGUAAUGAGUAUACUCAGGCUGAGGGCCAAAACUGGCACCUGAAGCACUUCUGUUGCUUUGACUGUGACCUGGUCCUGGCAGGAGAGACAUACGUGAUGGAGCAGGACAAGCCCGUCUGCACGCCCUGCUACAUGGACAACUAUGCUGUGAAAUGUUCAGGAUGCGGUGAAGCGGUGGAACCCGAAGCUCAGCGUGUCUCGUACGGUGCGCACCACUGGCAUGCGGCACCACAAUGCUUCAAGUGCUCUGGCUGUGCCAAAGUUCUGAUAGGCCAGCGCUUCAUGGCGGCGCAAGACAAACUCUUCUGCUCAGUCGAAUGCAAAAGGAAUUGCGCCACCUAA